GAAAGAUUGGUAAUGAUGAGUGGUUUGGUGUAGUCACAAGUGAGAAAAAUUGGAAAAGUUCUUAUGUCGCAGUUUUGAAAUCGACCAUUCUUACACGCAGCUUCAUAAUUUCAAGGAAAAUUGUUUUGUUUUCACCGUCGCGAAUACUAAUUAGACGAAACUAUGUGUUUACAAGGUGUAAAUAGGUUGGGUUUUUUCGUCGGGUUUUUAUGUUCAGUCAAUUGUUUAAUUGACUUUACUGACGCUGAAUCAUUUGGUCGCUUGGUAAUCCAAUCCGAUGAAUCGUCCCGACACCAAUCGUCUGAUUUAGACGAUAUUCAAACGAAUGCAUAUCUUCGAUCUACAUGUGAUGGUCUGAACGAUUGUGUCCCAUUGUCCGAAUGUUUGGCGCUACAAUAUCAUGUAGCGAAAGCCUGUUACUCGGGGGAUCGAUCGAUAUAUUGUGGAAUAUCCGAACAUGAGCCGUAUGUAUGUUGUCCGAGAAACCGUUUCGAGAAGGUGAACUCCUGUGGAAGGAACUUGGUGUCGGGACAACACUACAAGGGUCUGGGAGCGUUUCCGUUUGUUGCUAGAAUUGGAUUCAAGAACACUAAUACAGCAUCGUUAGCAUAUCCUUGUGCUGGAUCAAUUAUCAGCAGACGAGUUAUUUUGACAGCAGCUCAUUGUGCACUAGCGAAGGCAGAUGGACAUAGGCUGUCAUCUGUUCGAAUUGGCGAAUACGACACCCAAACAGACCCAGAUUGUCAGUCAGGUUUUUGUGCACCACCAGUGGUGAAUCACGCAAUAAGCCAUGUAAUAGUCCACCCGGAUUAUGUUUCCGGACAAUAUCAUCAUGACAUUGCGCUUGUGGUACUUAAAACUCCACUUAACUACACUGUUGCGGCGCAAGCGAUUUGCCUUCAUCCGGACAGGGAGAAUUUAGUCGUUGGCAAGCGGGUAGUUGUAGUUGGCUGGGGAAAGCUGUCCACUUCAAACAUUCGUCUGCCAGAUAUGCAAUUUUUAGAAGUUCCUCUAACGCCAUGGGAGACAUGUUUAAAUGUAUAUGGUUCAACUGGUGCAUUAGAUUCACCGAAAUCUGUUGAUGGGCAAUGGAUGUGUGCAGGCGGAGAGAGUAAAGAUGCGUGUCAAGGAUUUGGCGGUGCACCGUUAGUUUUUCGAGAAAACGGACUGUUUAAACAGAUUGGCAUUAUGUCGUUCGGAUCGGACAAUUGUGGGGCUAGGAAAACACCGAGCGUAUAUACGUCGGUAUCUCAUUUCUAUAAGUGGAUUCAAGACAAUUCACCACCGGAAUAGUUUGUAAUUUGGCAGACGCAUUUGUGUUGACUAUGAAAAUUGUGAUAUUAAAAUUUGUUAAACGGGGUGUGUUGGUGCACUGGACACGUAUACCUAUUA